AUGUUCAUCUUCCUUGUGAUAUUUCUAUCGGUCCCAGCGCAAUAUUAUUUUUCGCCAAGCAACGCGGGACACAUCAAAUAUCACUUCAAAAAAUUGGCCACAACAAUUUCGAAUUAUUUACCGGAGAUUUGGGAGAAAGGAAAUGGAAAAGGAAAAGAUGAAGAAGUUGUGAUUGAGAAAAAAGAAGGAGAGGAUUUGGAUGAUUUUGAUACAAUUGAUCAGUUUGGAUGUGAGUUUUUGGGGGGGGAAUUGUGAAAUUGAGAAGUUUUGAAACAAUAAUUUUAAAAUGACGCCCAAGUUCUCUAGAAAAUACCCUAACUCUUCGUCCAUCAAUUCGAAUCCUAAUGAAAAUUUUUGAAGACCAAAAAAUUAUCAAAUUUCUUUGAAACAGUAAAAUUUCCAGGCAUUUUUUUUUUUACUGAAACAGUCAAAUAUUUUAAUUGAGAAAAUUCAAAUUUUUCAAAACAAUUUAAUACAAGUUCUCUAGAAAAUACAAAAAUUCUGGAAAACUUUUGAAAUUUUUGAAGUCGUUGAAAAUUUUCAAAGACCAAAAAUCAUGAAAAUUCAUUGAAACAGUAAAUUUUUAGUGUGAAAUUAGUUGAGAAAAAAUUAACGGUAAAUUUUUGGAUGACAAAAUCUUUGGGAAAGUUAGUGUUCUAAAUAAAAGACUGCACAGUUUCGCAUCAAAAAUUUAUCUCAAUUAUCAAGAGAAUCAUCAGACAUUGGAGCAUACCAAGAACCAUCCCAUACUCUUUUUGGUCGACUAUGA